AUGUCGGACUUUAGAAAGAUCAACGUGGACAUCUAUGACGAUGAGGCUCUGAAUGAUGAGGAUCUGUACGAUGCCGAUAUCAGAACUGCUGCGGACGUGCUGAGCUUGGCCAGAUCCAAAGCUGGAGAAGUGAGGGGAUUGAUUGGGAGGUGAGUGGAUCAAGAGGCAGGAGUUGUGGCGCUGGGGAAUGGAGCGCGCAUGGAUGUUGAGAGGUCUUUGCGGCUCGCUUGAGAAAGUGAGGCUGUCUGCUGCUGGCACAAGCGUACACCCUCCCACCCGAAUGGAACUUGGCAUCUCGGUCAGCAUAUAUGCCACGAUUUCGCUUUCCGCCCUGCGCCUCGACGCACAGAGGAGCCAGCUUGCAAGCCCGCAGCGUCGUAGCGCGCUAGCUCAAGUUUGUCGCUCUCGCUCUUGACCUGCGCUUACACCUGGCCCAGAUCAUAACACCGCCGCUCAUCCUCGCUGACUCCUGGCUGCUCUUUCUUUCCUUGGGCUUGAUUGCAGAGGUGAUGCUGCGGGAGCUCUGGCCGUAGUGUUGGCUGAGCCUCCAUAUAGUCCAGAUGCCGAAGAAGCCAAGGUGAGCUCGUCGUCUCAUUCGAUCUUUCGGGCGCGCUCUCCUGCUGCGCCCAAGUGCGCGAUACCGUUCUGAACGAUGCGCUUUCUAUCGCUACUUUCACGCACCUGCGCGCACGCGCAACAGUCCUUGACACUAGCGACGAUCCUGGAAGUUUUCAACUCUACAAAAUCUUCGGACAUCGCUUCGGUGGUCAAGGCUCUGAAUGUGGAUCAACAAGACUCGUUGAUGAAGUUCAUCUACAAGGGAUUGGGCAAACCUGAACUGGGAGCUUCUGCUGUGCUUCUCAACUGGCACGACAAGGUGCGUUUUGGUCUGGGGCGCCCCACACAUUGCAGAGGAUCGGGCAGCGCAGCGCGCACCCAGCAUGUCUACGCUAUUGGCUGAUUGCGCUCUUCACGAAUCUCUUUUCUUUCCCCUUGCCUUUGGACGCUCGCACCUGCAUGACUCGCAGCUCACAGAGGUUGCUGGAACGGGGUCGAUCGUGCGGGUGAUGACGGAUCACAGACGAGUGUGA